GACUCCACCCUUAUUCAAGAAGAGUCUUCUUGCGCCUCUUUUUGACCCCUUAACUUAAGUCCUAUACUCAAAAUUUAUCCUUUAAAUUUUCCAUCUGUAAAAUUCACAUAUAGGUCUGUAAAGGUGCAUUAAAUAGUAUUUGCAGUUUUGACAGUCGGUUAACCUAUAGUAAUUUAAAGAAAUGAAAUAAAAUUUAUUUUGUUAUUAAAGAGACAGUGUCAACAGCUAUUAAUAAAUAGAUUUCUUGUGUAUGACUAAAUCGUUAUUUUUAAUUAAAACAGUAAGCCACAAUGGGCGACCAAUAUUCUUAUGGAGAAGACACUGGUGAUGGAAAUUUUUUUACAAAACAGACGGCGGUCGUUAAAAGAUUUUUACCUUCUCUCUUUAAUAUAAAAGUGCUUGGAGACCAAAGUUCCGAUCACAGGACACGAGGUCCAAUACAAGAUUUUUAUCAAAUUCGAGAUGAGUGUUUAUCAAGGGGACAAUUAUUCGAGGACCCAAUUUUUCCUGCUACUGAUUCUUCACUAUAUUUCUCGAAAAGGCCUGACAGAUAUAUUGAAUGGAGAAGGCCGAUGGAAAUUGCAGACAAUCCUCAGUUCUUUGUCGAAGGUUAUUCAAGAUUCGAUGUUCAACAAGGAGAAUUGGGCGAUUGUUGGCUGCUCGCUGCUGUUGCCAAUUUAGCUAUGCAUCCUCAUUUAUUUCAUCAAGUUGUACCAGAGGAACAGUCUUUUGAAGAAAACUACGCAGGAAUUUUCCACUUCAAAUUUUGGCAGUAUGGGAAGUGGGUGGAUGUGGUGAUUGACGACAGACUACCAACUUACCACGGACAGCUUUUAUUCCUUCAAUCCCCAGAGCCCAACGAGUUCUGGAGUGCGCUGCUCGAGAAAGCAUACGCGAAAUUGCAUGGCUCCUAUGAAUCCCUCAAAGGUGGUACCGCGGUGGAGGCCAUGGAAGACUUUACAGGCGGCGUUACAGAAAUGUACGACAUGGACAAAACUCCGUCAAAUUUGUUCAGUGUGCUGCUGAAGGCCUACGAGAGAAACUCCCUAAUUGGUUGUUCGAUUGAGCCAGAUCCCAGUGUCUUGGAGGCUAGGACACCGCAAGGUCUAGUUAGGGGUCACGCCUACAGUAUUACGAGAAUAAAGAAUGUUCACAUUGAAAUGCCCCAUCGAAGUGGCACAGUUCCGUUACUGAGAAUCAGGAAUCCUUGGGGAAAUGAGGCCGAGUGGAAUGGUCCCUGGAGUGAUGGGUCACCAGAAUGGAGAUUCAUCCCAGACCACGAGAAGGAGGAGUUGGGUUUGACGUUUGACGUAGACGGAGAAUUUUGGAUGUCGUUCCAAGACUUCAAGACGUAUUUCACAAAUUUAGAAAUUUGCAACUUGAAUGCAGACUCUCUUACAGAGGAUGACUACAACCAGGGCAAGAAAAAGUGGGAAACGAGUGUGUUUGAAGGCGAGUGGGUACGCGGUGUCACUGCUGGUGGUUGCAGAAAUUACCUAGAAACUUUUUGGCACAAUCCUCAAUACCGCAUCACUCUUGAAAGUCCCGAUGAAGGCGAUGAUAAAUGCACCGUCAUUAUUGCUUUAAUGCAAAAGAAUAGGAGAGCGCAAAGAAGAAUGGGUGCUGACUGUUUAACAAUUGGGUUUGCUGUUUAUCAUUUGGGAGACCCUGACAGACUACCGAAGCCUUUGGAUAUAAACUUCUUUAAAUACACUAGAUCAGCAGCAAGCACGCCUUCAUUUAUUAAUUUACGAGAAGUCACUUGUAGGUUUAAAUUGUCGCCAGGAGUUUAUUGCAUUGUUCCCAGCACUUUCGACCCAAACGAGGAAGGAGAAUUUUUGUUGAGAAUAUUCUCUGAAAACAAAAACAACUUGGAGUAA